UGUCCGGCUCCGCAAAGCUCUCGUCACAAAAUUAUUUCAGCUACCUCGAAUGGAGACAUCAGAUCGGGCUCGAUCGAAUCUACCUUAAGCGCAGAUACAACUUGAUUCCCGCUCGAGUCACGUCAUGUCCUGUUUCGGCGGUCACGACGAGCAGAUCUACCUAAUCGAGAUACUGAUCGAUAAAUUGACGUUGACGCCCGGUAAAAUCAAAGACGUCGGCGGGCACCCGAUCGUGAUCAAGAUGAAACUCUUAGAUUUCCCCGUGCUCGAGUUCACGCAAGACGACUCGGAGGCGUCGAGGCGCGAUCAGGAUGUGCGCUUUAUGGCCGGCCGAUGCUGCCUGUUCGUCAGGCGACCGCGGGAUCUGGUCCAAGGGCUGCGCUCGUCGAGCCUGAAGAUCGGCGUGUUUCGCGCCAACGACACUUAUCCCACGGCGGAGACCGAGUUCGCCCUGCCGGGUUGCCUGUGCGACCAGAUCGCCAUGAUCGGCAACGAUCCCGUCAACCAGCCGAGACCGUUCGCGGCGAAGGGCGGCAUCCACCUCGUGGAUCCGGGCGGAGAUCCGUCCGGCACGCUGCACAUGGAGCUCACCGUCGCGUGUCUCGGGCGCGUCUUUGGGACGCGCUGCGAGCUGCACCCUAAACCCCUCGUCCCCGCCGAGCGGGAACGGGAGGUCUGCGUGAGGCGAUUCGUAUCGCCCGAGCGUCUCGCCGAGAAAAUCUCCAAGGACGAGGUGUCGGCUGCUCCAAAACCGGAGGCCAAAAGAGCGAAAGUGCCGAAGGGCAAGAAGGGCAAGAAAGGCAAGAAAGGCAAGAAAGGCAAGAAAGGUAAAAAGAAGAAGGGCAAGAAGUGA